AUGGACCACAGAGGGAGGGGGGGUCUGUGGACCACAAGUGGCGUGGGGGGGUGUCUUAUGGACCACAGAGGGAGGGGGUGGGUCUGUGGACCACAGAGGGAGAGGGGGGGUCUAUGGCACCACAGAUGGAGGAGGGGGCUGUGGACCACAGAGGGAGGGAGGGAGGGGGGGGGGGGGGUCUGUGGACCACAGUGGGAGGGGGGGGGAUCUAGGGGACACAGAGGGAGGGGGGAUCUAUGGACCACAGAGGGAGGGGGGGGUCUAUGGACCACAGAGGGGAAGGGGGGGGGUCUAUGGACCACAGAGGGAGGGGGGGGUCUGUGGACCACAGAGGGAGGGGGGAUCUAUGGACCACAGAGGGAGGGGGGGUCUGUGGACCACAGAGGGAGGGGGGGGUCUGUGGACCACAGAGGGAGGGGGGGGGUCUGUGGACCACAGAGGGAGGGGGGGGUCUGUGGACCACAGAGGGAGGGGGGGUCUGUGGACCACAGAGGGAGGGGGGGGGUCUGUGGACCACAGAGGGAGGGGGGGGGGGGGUCGUGGACCACAGAGGGAGGGGGGGGGGUGGACCACGGGGGAGGGAUGGGGGGGGGGUCUGUGGACCACAGAGGGAGGGGGGGGGGUCGUGGACCACAGAGGGAGGGGGGGGUGCGUGGACCACAGGGGAGGGAGAGGGAGGGGGGGGGAUCUAUGGACCACAGAGGGAGGGGGGGGUCGGUGGACCACAGAGGGAGGGGGGGGGGGGGUCGUGGACCACAGAGGGAGGGGGGAUCUAUGGACCACAGAGGGAGGGGGGGUCUGUGGACCACAGAAGGGAGGGGGGAUCUAUGGACCACAGAGGGAGGGGGGGUCUGUGGACCACAGAGGGAGGGGGGGGUCGUGGACCACAGAGGGAGGGAGGGGGGGGGAUCUAUGGACCACAGAGGGAGGGAGGGGUCUGUGGACUACAGGGGGGGGGGGCUGUGGACCAGCUGCAUUGCCGAGACAGUGAUGGAGAGCGAGCGGAAGAGGAGGAAAUACUCCACCAGCAGCAUCGACUCUGACACCACUGACAGUGCAGUGACGUCGUGGUCUCGCUCCAAAUCCUGCAGCACCAGCAGUACAUGGGUUCUACACCCGCACAAGAAACCCUCAGAGGUGAGUGACCAACACACUUGCGGCGUCACGUUCUCCGCGGCGUCACGUUCUCAGCAGCGUCACGUUCUCAACGUCACGUUCUCAGCAGCGUCUCCACAGCGUCAUGUUCUCAGCGGCGUCACGUUCUCAGCGGCUUCACGUUCUCAGCAGCGUCUACACAGCGUCACGUUCUCAGCGGCGUCACGUUCUCAGCGGCGUCACGUUCUCAGCGUCACGUUCUCAACGUCGCGUUCUCAGCAGCGUCUCCACAGCGUCAUGUUCUCAGCGGCGUCACGUUCUCAGCAGCGUCUACACAGCGUCACGUUCUCAGCGGCGUCACGUUCUCAGCGUCACGUUCUCAACGUCACGUUCUCAGCAGCGUCUCCACAGCGUCACGUUCUCAGCGUCACGUUCUCAGCGUCACGUUCUCAGCGUCACGUUCUCAGCGUCACGUUCUCAGCAGCGUCUCCACAGCGUCACGUUCUCAGCGGCGUCAUGUUCUCAGCGGCGUCACGUUCUCAGCGUCACGUUCUCAGCGUCACGUUCUCAGCGGCUUCACGUUCUCAGCAGCAUCUCCACGGCGUCUCCACAGCGUCACGUUCUCAGCGGCUUCACGUUCUCAGCGGCGUCUCCACAGCGUCACGGUCUCAGCGGCGCCACGUUCUCAGCGUCACGUUCUCAGCGUCACGUUCUCAGCGGCUUCACGUUCUCAGCGUCACGUUCUCAGCGGCUUCACGUUCUCGCGAGCAUCUCCACGGCGUCUCCACAGCGUCACGUUCUCAGCGGCUUCACGUUCUCAGCGGCUUCACGUUCUCAGCGGCGUCUCCACAGCGUCACGGUCUCAGCGGCGCCACGUUCUCAGCGUCACGUUCUCAGCGGCGUCACAUUCUCAGCGGCGUCACGUUCUCAGCGGCGUCUCCACAGGGUCACAUUCUCAGCGGCGUCACGUUCUCAGCGGCGUCACGUUCUCAGCGGCGUCACGUUCUCAGCGGCGUCUCCACAGGGUCACAUUCUCAGCGGCGUCACGUUCUCAGCGUCACGUUCUCAGCGGCGUCACGUUCUCAGCGGCGUCACGUUUUCAGCGGCGUCACGUUUUCAGCGGCGUCACGUUCUCAGCGGUGUCUCCACAGCGUCAUGUUUUCAGCGUCACGUUCUCAGCGGCGUCACGUUCGCAGCGCGCGUUCGCAGCGGCGUCACGUUCUCAGCGGCGUCACGUUCUCAGCGGCGUCUCCAAAGCGUCACGUUUUCAGCGUCACGUUUUCAGCGGCGUCACGUUCUCAGCGGCGUCUCCACAGCGUCUCCACAGCGUCACGUUCUCAGCGGCUUCACGUUCUCAGCGGCGUCUCCACAGCGUCACGGUCUCAGCGGCGCCACGUUCUCAGCGUCACGUUCUCAGCGUCGCCAGAUUUUCAGCGUCACAUUCUCCGCGGCGUCACGUUCUCAGCAGCGUCUCCACGGCGUCUCCACAGCGUCACGUUCUCAGCGGCUUCACGUUCUCAGCGGCGUCUCCACAGCGUCACGGUCUCAGCGGCGCCACGUUCUCAGCGUCACGUUCUCAGCGGCUUCACGUUCUCAGCGGCGUCUCCACAGCGUCACGUUCUCAGCGGCGUCACAUUCUCAGCGGCGUCACGUUCUCAGCGGCGUCUCCACAGGGUCACAUUCUCAGCGGCGUCACGUUCUCAGCGGCGUCACGUUCUCAGCGGCGUCACGUUCUCAGCGGCGUCUCCCACAGCGUCACGUUUUCAGCGUCACGUUUUCAGCGUCACGUUUUCAGCGUCACGUUUUCAGCGGCGUCACGUUCUCAACGGCGUCACGUUCUCAGCGGCGUCUCCACAGCGUCACGUUCUCAGCAGCGUCUCCACAGCGUCACGUUCUCAGCGGCGUCACGUUCUCAGCGGCGUCACGUUCUCAGCGGCGUCACGUUCUCAGCGGCGUCACGUUCUCAGCGGCGUCACGUUCUCAGCGGCGUCUCCACAGCGUCAUGUUUUCAGCGUCACGUUCUCAGCGUCACGUUCUCAGCGUCACGUUCUCAGCGUCACGUUCUCAGCGCCGUCACAUUCUCAGCGCCGUCAUAUUCUCAGCGCCGUCACAUUCUCAGCGCCGUCACGUUCUCAGCGCCGUCACGUUCUCAGCGGCGUCUCCACAGGGUCACGUUCUCAGCGGCGUCACAUUCUCAGCGCCGUCACAUUCUCAGCGCCGUCACGUUCUCAGCGCCGUCACAUUCUCAGCGCCGUCACGUUCUCAGCGGCGUCUCCACAGGGUCACAUUCUCAGCGGCGUCACGUUCUCAGUGGCGUCACGUUCUCAGCGGCGUCACGUUCUCAGCGGCGUCACGUUCUCAGCGGCGUCACGUUCUCAGCGGCGUCACAUUCUCAACGGCGUCACGUUCUCAGCGGCGUCUCCACAGCGUCACGUUCUCAGCGGCUUCACGUUCUCAGCGGCGUCUCCACAGCGUCACGGUCUCAGCGGCGCCACGUUCUCAGCGUCACGUUCUCAGCGUCGCCAGAUUUUCAGCGUCACAUUCUCCGCGGCGUCACGUUCUCAGCAGCGUCUCCACGGCGUCUCCACAGCGUCACGUUCUCAGCGGCUUCACGUUCUCAGCGGCGUCUCCACAGCGUCACGGUCUCAGCGGCGCCACGUUCUCAGCGUCACGUUCUCAGCGGCUUCACGUUCUCAGCGGCGUCUCCACAGCGUCACGUUCUCAGCGGCGUCACAUUCUCAGCGGCGUCACGUUCUCAGCGGCGUCUCCACAGGGUCACAUUCUCAGCGGCGUCACGUUCUCAGCGGCGUCACGUUCUCAGCGGCGUCACGUUCUCAGCGGCGUCUCCACAGCGUCACGUUUUCAGCGUCACGUUUUCAGCGUCACGUUUUCAGCGUCACGUUUUCAGCGUCACGUUUUUCAGCGGCGUCACGUUCUCAACGGCGUCACGUUCUCAGCGGCGUCUCCACAGCGUCACGUUCUCAGCAGCGUCUCCACAGCGUCACGUUCUCAGCGUCUCCACAGCGUCACGUUCUCAGCGUCACGUUCUCAGCGGCGUCACGUUCUCAGCGCCGUCAUAUUCUCAGCGCCGUCACAUUCUCAGCGCCGUCACGUUCUCAGCGCCGUCACGUUCUCAGCGGCGUCUCCACAGGGUCACGUUCUCAGCGGCGUCACAUUCUCAGCGCCGUCACAUUCUCAGCGCCGUCACGUUCUCAGCGCCGUCACAUUCUCAGCGCCGUCACGUUCUCAGCGGCGUCUCCACAGGGUCACAUUCUCAGCGGCGUCACGUUCUCAGUGGCGUCACGUUCUCAGCGGCGUCACGUUCUCAGCGGCGUCACGUUCUCAGCGGCGUCACGUUCUCAGCGGCGUCACAUUCUCAACGGCGUCACGUUCUCAGCGGCGUCUCCACAGCGUCACGUUCUCAGCGGCGUCACGUUCUCAGCAGCGUCUCCACAGCGUCACGUUCUCAGCGGCGUCACGUUCUCAGCGGCGUCUCCACAGCGUCACGUUUUCAGCUGCGUCACGUUCUCAGCAGCGUCUCCACAGCGUCACGUUUUCAGCGUCACGUUCUCAGCGGCGUCACGUUCUCAGCGGCGUCACGUUUUCAGUGGCGUCACGUUUUCAGUGGCGCCACGUUCUCAGCGGCGUCACGUUCUCAGCGGCGUCUCCACAGCGUCAUGUUUUCAGCGUCACGUUCUCAGCGUCACGUUCUCAGCGUCACGUUCUCAGCGCCGUCACAUUCUCAGCGCCGUCAUAUUCUCAGCGCCGUCACGUUCUCAGCGGCGUCUCCACAGGGUCACAUUCUCAGCGGCGUCACGUUCUCAGCGGCGUCACGUUCUCAGCGGCGUCACGUUCUCAGCGGCGUCACGUUCUCAGCGGCGUCUCCACAGCGUCACGUUUUCAGCGUCACGUUCUCAGCGGCGUCUCCAUAGCGUCACUUUCUCAGCGGCGUCUCCACAGCGUCACGUUUUCAGCGUCACGUUCUCAGCGGCGUCUCCACAGCGUCACGUUUUCAGCGUCACGUUCUCAGCGGCGUCUCCACAGCGUCACGUUCUCAGCGGCGUCUCCACAGCGUCACUUUCUCAGCGGCGUCAUGUUCUGUCUCCACUCCAGGGUCAAAGGCUCCUCCCACUCCAGGGUCACGAGUACAGUUUGAUUCUGUGUGAACUCUUUGGUCUAACUCAUGCCUCAGUUUCACACCUGCUCUCGCUUAAGCCACAGCCACAUCCUCCCAGAAUGCACCGGGGCAGUCCCAAUGACAUCAGCCACAUCCUCCCAGAAUACACCAGGGCAGUCCCAAUGACAUCAGCCACAUCCUCCCAGAAUGCACCAGGGCAGUCCCAAUGA